AUCCGCGUAAAGAUAGUGUUUUUCAUUUUUCUGAACACAAAAGUACUUUGACUGGCGCGGAGAGAUGAACUUCCUUGGAAGUGAAUACUAUAAACUCAAUCGACAUCUAUUACUCCUAGUCGGUUUGUGGCCGUAUGAUCAUUCAAUCUUUAAAUAUUUUCAAAUAAUGUUAUGUAACAUUACUAUAGCAAUUAUGAUGGUUAACCAGAUUGCGAAAUUAAUUACGUUAAGACGAAACAUAAACCUUAUGAUAAAAUUUCUUCCUCCUGUUGUAAUAUAUUUCAUUUAUAUUAUUAAAUAUCAGACAUUUUGUAUCGUUGCCAAAAAGAUAAGAUAUCUCGUGGAUCAUGUAGAACAAGAUUGGAAUAUGCUUAAAGAUAAAAAGGAAUUGGAGAUCAUAGAGAGAUACACUUAUAUUGGAAGUAUGUGCACCUUGGGUUUUACAAUACUUGGCUGUAUGGUUCUAUUAAAGUUUUCUUUACCAUUUGUACCAACCAUUCUCGAUAUUUUUGUGCCACUAAAUCACUCGCGUCCACGACAAUUAUUGUUUCCAGGCGAAUACUUUGUCGAUGAGCAUAAGUAUUUUUAUGUCAUUUCUUUGCAUUUUGAUCUUACUAUAGCCAUAGUUCUUUCUACUCUGAUUGGUACCGAAUCGUUAUAUGUUACGCACGUACAACAUGCUUGCGGAAUGUUUCAAAUUGCCAGUUAUCGAUUGAAUCAAGCGUUAGACAACAAGUUUUCACAAGCUUAUACGCCUGAAAAGCAAACAAUCAUCGUUUGUAAAGGAAUAAUCGAAGCUGUACACAUUCACAAAAGAGCUAUCGAAUUUUCCGAAUUCCUAUGGUCUACCUUGGCAGUAUCAUACAGCAUUAUGCUUAUAUUCGGUAUUACAUCUCUUCUUAUUAAUCUUUUCUGUCUUUUUCAAACAAUACUAUUUAUAAAGGAGACAAAUGAAUUAAUAAUGUUAAUUGUAUUCAACAUUGGUCACUUUUUUUAUUUAUUUUUGGGUAACUAUGUUGGUCAAAUUUUAAUAGAUCAUAGCGCUGGUAUUUUUGAAAACACAUAUAUCACGCAAUGGUACGAUGCUCCUUUGCAAGCGCAGAAGUUAUUGCCGAUGAUAAUGCAAAGAAGUAUGAGAAGUUGCAAGAUGGUCGUGGGCGGAAUGUUUAUUCCAUCAUUCGAAGGCUUCGCUGCGCUCAUGAGUACAACUCUGUCAUAUUUUACAGUACUUUGGUCCGUACAGAAGUAGUGUCGUUAAGCAAUGAAAAUUUAUCAUAAA